AUGGAAGUUGAGGUUUCAAAGCAGUUGUCCCUGAUCGAUGCUCUUCUGAGCAACUUUGACAAAACCAUUAAGCCAUGUGCUAAUAAAAAGAAUGAGAAAAAAGAAGAAGAAACACAGGAUGCAAUGCCAGACUCUACAACCAAUACGGAAAAGAAUAAUGGGAACCCAUUUCAUUGCGGGGAUGAUGUCCUGGUACCAAACAAAGAUGGCCGAUAUUACUUAGGCACGAUAGUCGAGCUGAGCACGAGCAACGACAACGACUCGUGCGAGGUGGGCACCGGCGUGGCGCGCUGCCUGGUCAAGUUCGGCGACGGCACGCACGCGUGGGCGCCGGUCGCCUCGCUGAAGCUGCUGAGCGCGCCGCCCGCGGACGACGGCCGCAUCAUGUGCGUGGUGUGCAAGCGGCGCGGCGAGUCGGCCGCGGGGGGCGCCGUGGUCGCGUGCGACAUGUGCGGCCGCGGCUACCACGCCGAGUGCCACUCGCCGCCCGUCGAGGCGUGGAUACACGGUGCGUCAUGGCAUUGCAAGAGGUGCGUAGAUCAAAGGUACAGAGUGGCGGCCGCGGAGAACCGGGCGAUGAAACGCUCCGAUCUGUUCCGGUUCAAGGGCGGCCAGCAGCGGCGUCAGCAGCAGGAACUCACACCGCCAUGCGACACUGCGUCAACCACAUCCUCUUCAACUGCUUCCGACGGUGGUAAAGAUCCAGAUGAGACGCAUUGUUAUUGUGGCGAGAAAAGCGAUUGGCUUGCGCAGAUGUUACUAUGCUGUCGGUGCUCCAGAUGGUUCCACCAAAGAUGUGUAUCAAGUUUACAAUAUCCUUUAUAUGCAGGAGAUAAGUUGUAUAUAUUUGCCUGUGCAAACUGCAAUGGGGGCGAGGAGUACUUGCGGCGGUUGGAGCUAUGUUGGCUGGAUCUGGCUCAUUUAGCGCUGUAUAACCUGACUGCAUACAAUGCACCCAAUUAUUUCGAUUUAGAUAAUGUUAUUAUGCCGUAUAUCAUGGACAAUUGGCACGCGUUACAAUUACCUGAAAAGAUGUGGAGGACGCCGGCGAAGGAGCGUCGCGAGAAGAUCCUCACGGCGCUGACGUCGUCGCGGAAGCGGUUCAAGUGCGGCCGCGAGAUGAAGAAGCGCGCCACCAUCUGGGGCCUGAGGCUGCGCCGGCCGCCGCCGCCGCCUCUGCAGCUCUCCGCGCUCGAGCAGAUUAAAAAAGGGGAGCCACUCACUGACGAAUUAGUGAGGGAAUAUGCGCCCAGACUUCGAUUACUAUCGAGAGCUCCAGCGCCGCAUACUGUUGAUGACAGUUCGCAACCGUCUAGCAGUAACAACGAAAAAAGUUCCUAUAAAAAGCAACGCAUGAUCGUGCCCGUCGACGGUCACUGGUUAAACUUGAUGAUGGGUAAACGGUUCCACGAAAAUCUCAAUUCGAAUUCGAACUCUGAGAAUGACUCGACGAGUUCGUACGAGUCUGCCAAAACGAGCGAGCGCGACGAGCAGCCCUCGCCCUCCGUUUGUACCUCCUCCGCUAGAAAAUCCGAUGCCAAAGAUGAUCGCUUAGAGAAAAUGUCUGAAAGAAACGUAACCGAAUCUAACGAAGCUAAAUCAAGCUGCGAAAAGACCUCAGUGCCAUCGCACAGCGUGCCCCUACUCCCUUGUUCUGUUAAAUUAGACAAAAUACCCAAAGACAAUAUAGAAGAUGUGAAUUUAAAUCCAUUUGUGGGCCCAAUGAUUAGACCCAUGAAACGGAAACUUAGUGAAAAGGAUAUUGUGAUAGGACCAAAUGGGGAGGUUAAAAGAAGAAAAUACAGGCGACCUAGGAAAUACUUGCAAAUGCAGCUAAACAAAUCAUGUCCACUGCCUGAUGAACCAACGAAAGCAGCCGCGGCCCAGAACGAAAACGGGAACGUAACUGCACCAGUAGCCCAUAACAUGAGUAACGUUAAAUUCCACGGUAGAAGACUGAGACAGCGACAAGAGAAAAACUACUACGAGAACGCGAGACGAAACACGAACAGCAAUGCAAAUAACAACAACAGCGUAAAGAGUUUGCAGCUGAGCCCGCACAAAGCUAAUAGCGUGGCGGCAGAGGCAGACGCGAAGCAGUUGUCAGCGUUAAAGUCGAGCGUUCAGUCGUACUUCCGCGCCGGUCAAACCUUCCACAUACUGGCUCGCCGUCACGCAGCCAACGCUCCGCCCGCCUACCUCAUCGAGUGGGACUCCAACGCCCCG